UUUGCAUAAUCAUUGUUGAUAUUUGCUUUAACUUCGUAGAAGUCGUAUUGUUAAGCUGGGGUCAUCAUGGAGGUACUGAUCGUGGAAGUACGACUAGAAGUAGUAAACUAACAUUUUCUCAUUGUAGUGGAAGCAUUAUGGAAAAAUUCAUAAGGCUGAAGGAACAAUUUAUCGUUGUCCCUCGACGGUUGCUCAAUUUUUCCACCAAAUUCGCAUUCGAUCCACAGAUACAUAUGAAAUGGAAGGUCAUUUUGUCACUGGAACGCCAUCCAACUGGAACCCCAACCAGUUUGGGGGAUUGUCUUCGCCAUCAUUAUCGCUUCCCUCAAUGGUCUUCCGGGGGAAGGUUGAGGACGAAAACAGUUCGGAACAAUACUGGGAAGAUUACAAUUCUUCGUCGCUAAUGAGUUACGGUAAUGUUGGAGAAAUGAAUGAAGUUUGCAUGGGAAGUGAAUCUCAUCAAAUAAGUCCACCUCCAUUCAUCCCACACGAAGACUAUUAUACUGAGGAAAAUACCGAUGAAGGGGUCGACUUAAGCCUUGGCUAUCAACUGUUUCAACAAGAGAUGGGAAAUUUUCUAUGCGACGAGGGCAAUCAAAAGCAGGAACAGAACGUGAACAACAGCUUGGACAACCCAAAUGUGGUCGUGGGGUCAUGCUGUAGUAUGAACGGAGAGAGUGACAUGUCCAAUUUGACAGGGUCGCCGUAUUCAGGCGUUGAGAUACCCUCGCACGCAUAUGAUAACCACUUCUCUAUGGUUGAUCCGGCCCCAAAAUUUCGACCCAUUACAAUCCACUUUCUUGAACUUGGUCUUGGAUUUAGUGGCGGAAGUACAGACAUCAUUUCCCCACAACAACUCCAACAACUUCGUCAAGUUCUUCACGAUUAUAAUCAUUCUGAAAAGCAGUCAGGAAGGGGAACAAUGUCUGGUGGUUCGGUAGUGGACAUAUCUCGACCAAGUUCAACCAUCAUGAUAAAUCUAAAGUCACUGGUACCGAGUGAAAAUAGUUGUAGAGUUAAUGGUCACAGACGGAGGCCUCAAUUAUCAAGGGACAAACCUUACCGCCGGGGUAGAAGUUCACAUUUGAAGAGGAGGAAAAGUAAAAAUAUCGGUCAGAUUAAAGAAAGUAACAUCGACAGGUUUUCGUCAUUCGUGAUGACUUAUGGCAGAACAGAACCACUGCAGACUGACCCUGAGUGAUCCAACCGCACAUAGAUAAAUAUUUAAUUUUUUCAAAUAAAUUUGAAUUCAAGAAACGUAAUAUUUUUUCACAUGUACAUAUAAGCUAUGAAGCUCCAAAAAUUUUGUGGGACUAUUGCUUAUGCAGAUUUAUUUGAUAUCAAAAAAUGAUAAUUAUAUACAGGGAACCUUGUUAUGAUAA